UUCAUAUUAUUUCAAAUUCCGAACGGGCGUGCAGCAGAGCAAGCCUGAAAGCGUCGCCGUUCCCUACCCACUGAUAGCUCCCUCUUUCACAGCCUCGAAUCAAAGAUGGAAUCCGCUAAGACUCCCGUCAAGCUCGCCAAGGUCACCAAGGUUCUCGGCCGUACUGGCUCCCGUGGUGGUGUCACUCAAGUCCGUGUCGAAUUCAUGGAUGAUACUUCUCGCUCCAUUAUCCGCAACGUCAAAGGUCCCGUUCGCGAGAACGAUAUUCUUUGCUUGCUCGAGUCUGAGCGUGAGGCUCGCCGACUUCGCUAAAGCAUUUAGUUUUGUUUUUUCAAUAUAACCUUUAUGAAGUCAAGGUUCACUCUAUAAACACCUAUUGACCCUCCCUCAAUGGUCAGCAGUAGCUUUGUGUGUGUGUGUCUUUGCGAAUUUAUUGCUUUUCCGAUAUACUCUUUAUGGACUUAGCACUAGGGUCUCGGUGGGUUAAAAUGAAUUGAGCGUUGAUAUAAUCGUUGCGGUCAAAACGAGCUAUUCCCGCUUCGACAGAUGGUUCUAGGGAUACAGUGUCAGUUAUCUUGAAAGCAUCUCAGCUUUACAGUACAGUGUCUCCUUUACCUAAUCCAGCCUGGUAGUGCCUCUGGCCCGUGCGAGUCCUAGCCUCGUUGAGGUCGACAUCCACGUACCACAUAUCGUCAAAGUAGGACGGUACUUUGUCCCAUGGUUCAGGAUGCUUAAGUUGUAGAUAGAUACCUUCCAUUAUGAUGAUUUUGUGGCUACCGUUACAAUA